AUGAGAAUCAGCAUUUUAAAAUUUGUUUUUUUUUCAAUUAUUAUUUGUUCUUUUGAAUAUGCCAAAAAUGAAUUAUACUUUGUAAACGAGAGGGACAUAUACCUUGAAAGGAAUAUAACAAAUUUUAGAAAUAAUAGGAUAUUGGCAGAUGUAGACAAUCGAUUCAAUUUAAAUGAUUUUUAUCAAUCAACUUUGAAUCUUGUAGAUCAAUUUAAUGACUGCAAUGGUGACGAAGAAAUAACAAAGCUUCGAAAUAUUAUAGAUUCACAAAUAAAGAAGCAUAAAGAAAGUAAUACGUUACCCGAUUUAAAUAAUGUAGAUAAGAAAACUAAAAAGUUAAUCAACGAACUUCUAACAGAAUUAGAAGAAGUAAAAAAAGAGAUUGAUAAUAAAAGGAAUGACGAAAUGGCAAUACAACCGAUACAAGAUAAAAGAAUAACAAAAAAAGAUGAAAAUAUUUCUGUAUCAGAACAUGAAGGCUUUAAUCAAUUGGAAAAUGAAGGAAAUUUCUUGGAGACUGCAAAUAAUAAAUUUAAAGAUGAAUAUCAUAAAAUUAAAGGAAAUAAACAAUAUAGGACAUUUAAAAUUAAUGAAGAUAUUAAAAGAGAUGAAGUAGGAACAUUUAGGAGGGCGAUGAUGCUGGCUGUUACACUUUUUUUGGUGGUAAUAGCAUCAGGAACAAUGCAAUUACUAUUACUAGUUGCACCAUUUGGGCUUAUAAUAUAUAAGAAGUGGAAGAGAAUCAAGAAAUAUAGCUUUAAAUUAUGA